GGAUGAUAUUAUAAAAUAAAGGUAAAACAAAUAAAUGAUAAUUAACUAUAAAAUCCUUCCACACCAAAAAAAAAACACAUUUAUUUCAAAUAAAUUAACUAUCCCUCUCGUACACAUCCCCAAACCAUCUCAACUUCCGUUUUCAUUUUUCUUAGUGUUCGCAGCUCUGCCUCCUGUUUUUUUUUUUUGUUGCAAGUGCCAUUGUUUCUAAUCUCAGGUCAUACCAGAUCUCUGCCCAACUGUAAAACUUUCCAUUCAUUAAUCAUUUUCAGUCACAGCAUACUAAUAGGAUAGGAUAACAACUAAUAGCACAUGUAGUUUAUCCAUCCACAAUGUCUUUGGCUAACUUGAGAAAAACACCAGUAGAAGAAUCCCACAGCAGUGUCUGACCAUACUGAUAGCAUCCAUGGCUGUUGUUGUGUAUAGUAUUUCUGUACAGUAUGUAGGUACCAGUUAAAUGAUAAAUAUCCAAUUUAUCUUUCAGCCAGUUCAAUAAAUCCACAUCUCAACAGUGGGUCUUGUUCACAAAUGUACAACUAUUUAAAGGGAAAUAGGUUUUCCAGGUCUAUUACCAAGAAGCAUUGUUACAACAAAGAACUAAUCACCCAAACACAAAUUUCUUGAUCAACACACAAAUUGUUCAUUGUACCACUGCAUAUAUUCACUGGUGAAAACAUUUCCCUGUGCUCUAACUAACUAUAAUAAACCAUGUUAUUGAAAAAAACGUGAACGUUCACGGCUGAAUGUCCACAUUUCAGCUCAGAACUGCGGAUGUGUGGAAACGGCUCCCGUUUCACCCUGCAACUCCUGGAUAUCAACACCACAAGGACACAAUUCAAUGUAACCCUAAAAUAACUUCACGGCUGCGCGUGCGAGAGUUACAGAGUUACAGACUCGCGGCGGAAGUUGUAAAACGUCACUCAGGUCAGCUAACGUUCUGGCGUGGUACGCGCGCGCGCGCGGCGCGCAUCUGCGAGGCAGCGAGCGAGCCGCUGAAGCGAUGAUGGCAGCAGGGGGAGCGCAGAGGCUCACAGAGAGCUGAGUGAGAAGUCGCCGGUGAUGGCGGAUAAACCCUCCACGCUGUUCGUGAAGCUGUUUGCCGCCGGGUUUUACGGUUUCAGCUCGUUCCUCAUCGUCGUGGUGAACAAAAGCGUCCUCACUAACUACAGGUUUCCCUCGUCAAUAUGUGUGGGAAUAGGACAAAUGUUGGCCACAGUGGUUGUGCUGUGGGUGGGCAAGGCUGCGAGGGUGAUCACCUUCCCAGAUUUGGAUGAGAGCAUACCUCACAAGACAUUUCCUCUACCUCUCCUGUAUGUGGGAAAUCAAAUCACUGGUCUUUUUGGUACCAAAAGGCUCAAUUUGCCGAUGUUUACAGUCCUCAGGAGAUUCUCCAUCCUUUUCACGAUGCUGGCUGAGGGAUUUCUGCUGAAGAAGAAGUUCUCCAGGCCCGUCCAGCUGACAGUGUUUACAAUGAUCCUUGGGGCGUUCAUAGCCGCAAGUGCCGACUUGUCCUUUGACCUGCAAGGCUACGUCUUCAUCCUGAUGAAUGACGUCCUGACCGCAGCCAAUGGAGCCUACGUGAAGCAAAAAUUAGAUGCAAAGGAGUUAGGGAAAUAUGGAUUAUUAUACUAUAAUGCAUUAUUUAUGAUCGUGCCCACUCUGCUAUUGGCUGAAGUGACAGGAGAUAUGCAAAAGGCAGCAGAGUUUGACGGCUGGUCUGAUGCAUUUUUCCUCUCCCAGUUCGUCCUCUCUUGUGUCAUGGGGUUUAUUCUCAUGUAUUCCACUGUACUAUGCACACAGUACAACUCUGCGUUAACCACCACCAUCGUGGGGUGCAUUAAGAAUGUCCUGGUGACCUACAUUGGGAUGGUGUUUAGCGGAGACUACAUUUUCUCUUGGACGAACUUCAUAGGUUUGAAUAUAAGUAUUGCGGGCAGCUUGGUGUACUCGUACAUCACCCUCACCGAGGAGCAGUCCAACAAACCGAGUGACAGCACCAAGAAUGAGAUCAAGGGGAAGGUUGUCGUGUGACAGACACUGGAUUUGACGCCGGUUAGCGAGAAAACUCUAUUUUUAGUACGACUUUUAUUUAUGGGGCGCUCUAGCAGCAGAUUGAUGGAAACGCCGGGAGUGGUUCUCCAUUUCCGCUGCGCGUCUUUAAUGGAAAAGGAGCCGCACCGUCACGCUGCUGCUAUGGCUACCAAAUCCCCCAGAGGGAUUUUGUUGCAGAACUUUUUAGAUAAUGUUUUCACAUGUCUUAUAAUAAUACUGUACAUGGGAAUGUUAAGAACAAGGGAACAAUAAUAUUUAUAUUCAGAUGUUUUUAGUUUGUUUUUUUUAAAGAUGGAAACUGUUUAUUUCAGGGUUUGAACAUUUCAGAGUUCAAUCUUGGGAUUAUGUAUUGUCAUCAGCUGUUGUAAGCAUGAGCGUGCUGACGCAUCACUGGGAUAAGAGUCAUGGUCAUUUAAAAGGAACCGUUCUUUUUAAAGCCUUUUCUGUUUUUUGCUGUUUACACUUUGGUACCCUCUGAGAACGACAAAAUGCACUGUCCCCGUCUUUAGCCUUUAAUGUUUUGCAGUUUCCUGGCAGAUGCUGUUGUAAAUCUGUUACAGACGGUACGGCAGUGAUGUGGAGAGACGAUACGAAAAGAUUAUUUGGAUCUUCCUCCUUCAGUAUUACAGAGUUUUCUGUCGUUCGGGUUAUUUUCUUGGAUUCUUAAUCCCUGUAACCGGUUGUGUCGAUUGAAGAAUUUGGCAAGCAAAGCCUCGCGGGGUUUUAGUUUGCGUUGUACUUUUUUUAAAACUUUUUUUUUUUUUACAUGAUUGUCUCGCACUUGUAACAGAGGUAGCUCUCACAAAGCAGAACAAACUAAAUGUCACCUGCUGUUAUAUUUGACUGGUGAAACUUGGAGAUUAUCGUCUGAUCCAGGAAUUCAAGUUUCUGGCAUUUUAAAGUAUUACAAGGGGAUUUGUUUUAUAUUUAUUCUGUUUUGUUAUUCCUUUUCUCUCUGUAAGAUGAGUAAUUAUUGAUGCUGAUAAAAGUUAUUUGUAGCUGGGAAAAAUGUAUUUUUACAUUGAAAAAUUACCAUUAGCAUUUUUGUUUUUUUUAUUUUUCUCUUUCAAUAAAUUUUUUUUAUAUAAGGCUUAUUGUUAAUGGAUAUAAAUUGUUUUGAAAUGGUUUUUACUGUUUCUCAUUAAGCACAAAUUAGGAUACAUUUGCAUUAAAUGAGUUCAGUUUGUUUAGCGGUUGUUUUUAGUGCCGAGUCACGCAGCAGUUGGACUAGCGGCUAACUCACCAGUCACACUCGGGUUUGGGUUUCCUCCAUUAUGAAUCAGCCUCAGUAAACUUCAACCACACUGUGGGUCACUUCGACUUCAUUCAAAGUUCAUAAUGAACAAAUAAGUGUGAGCUCUGUUUAUUUUGUUUUGUUCUAUUACUGCACAUUGUAGCUUAAGGGGUUGGAGGGAUUAUAAAAAUUAUUUGGUUAGAUAUGAACCCACAAACAGCAGCAAAAUGUGCUUAUUGUCAAACACUGUUUACGCAGUGUAAAAUAAGCUGAUUCUACUUGUUCUUACCCCUGAUAAAUAUGAAACAUGGCAGAUUAUGAAGCAAACUUAAAAAAUAUUUUAAUGAACAAAAGUAAUGUUUAGACAACGUGUUUAAAAAUCCCACAGAUGUGAACAGAAGACAAAACACCGUAACCCUACAACCUUCAUCUCGCCUAUACAGCAGAUAUAAAUAUUGACACAUCAUACAUUUCUUCAUACAUUUACAUGUUUACGCAAGAAAAUACAAUUUAAAACUGCUACCAGAUAACGUUGCAUUGCUUUUGCCAUUACUGUGCGUAUUAAAAAUUUUUAAAAAACACCUUCACCAGUCCAGGCCAAACUUCAGAGUCUAAUCAGCUCCAAAUAUCUCAGGACAGAGUUUCUGGUUAUGGUACUUUCCCUCAGUUCAGAUACAGUACAUGUGCAUCCAAGAGCAGCACAAACCAGAGCAGAUAAAAAAACAAAAACUCAGAGCGACAGAUGAGAAUUUACCAAUAUAUUAUUUUUGAAAAUACUUGAAGAGGAACUGAAAAAAAAA